AUCAGUGGGUGGAGCUGGGAGACGGAAUGCAGCUACUGUAACACCUCCAUGUCCUGGACAGGUACAGACAAGGGUCGCCGCUAUUUUUUAACGAUAACAAACGCACCGGAAGUAGGGAGUUGCUGAUGUGGCUGCGGGGUGAUGGGCCUGUCAAAGCGAGUGUCGUUGUGGUCGGUGGAAGAGGUGUUGGAGUGGGUGCAGAAGCAGCAGCUGACCCACAUCAGCACACUCCAGAAAGCCAUCAUUAAACACGCUAUAUCAGGCCGUGUGUUGCUGAGAUUAAAGGGUCAUCACCUGGAGCUUCUCGGAGUGGAAGCUGAGCAGCAGCAGCAGGAAAUCUUGCAGGGCCUGCUCCUCCUCAGAGUUCAGGAAGAAAUCAAUGAACUCGAUGACAUCUGCUCUGAGUGUUUUUCAUCAUAACAAAAUAUACAUAGGUCAACACAACUUACUGUUUUAUUUUCCGCACAUUCAUCCAUCCAUGUGAAGAACAGAGAAAGGUGGGAGUGAUGGAAAACACUGAGAGAAUGUGAAGAGAACGAAGAAUCAAUGGGGAGUGAAGACAGAAAGAAACCCAUUUCCUGUGUGAAAUUUGACCUGUGCAGAUGGAUGAGAUGAGUUUUUGUCUGAGUGUCUUUUUUCUGAACCCUACUGUCCAUUAGUCUCUGUCUUCUGUCCUCUCGGCUGUGGGUUCCUACUCCCUUUGUAGUAUGAUAAAAUUUUGUAUUUGCAUAAAAUCUGAUGUCCUGAAUGUGGAAAUCAGUACAGUACACUGUGCAGUUGUUUAUCACUAACAUCCUGCAUCACAUCGAUGGCAGCAAAUAAUGCUUGGAUAGCAUUUUAUCACCUAAAUAGGACUCAGCUGACAAAUCUAAAAAAACAUUAGGCCAAAUAAUGAACUGUCAGUUAUGUCAGUGGAUGGCAGCCACCAAUUAACCAAAGUCAAAAUCAGAAACAUCUAUUAAACUCUGGAUGUUUAAUAGAUGUAGUAGAAUGUGAUGUUUUACACCUAAAACAGGAAGUUAGAACAGGGCUUCUCAGCUGAUUGGGACCCAGGGACCACCAUUCUGACUAAGAGGCAAGUUGAUCUGCUUCUUAAAAAUGUUGAUAGCUUGUGAACAUCAUUUAUGCAAGUGGUUCUAAAAAUUUCAGGCACCUUUUUUUUUAAAUUACAAAACCUUAUGUUCUAUAUCCACUGCACGUUUGUAUUAUGCAAAAGGUCAUGUCUAUUUCUGAACAUUUCUUCCUGGGGCUGCUACAUUAUGGUUGCUUGAAUUAAAAGUGCUGCUUUGGCAACAUCA